AUGCUGCAGCCGGGAAACGCGUCCUCCGGCUGGGCUCAGCACCCGGACUCUAACGGGUCUGAUCCGGCGGUGGGCGGCGGGUCCGGACCGGAGUCGGUGAUCGUGCCGGUGGUGUUCGGCUUGAUCUUCGUGGUGGGGGUGGUGGGGAACUCUCUGGUGAUGGUGGUGGUUGGGAAGGUGAAGUACAGCGGCGGUGGGGGAGGAGGAAGAGGGGGGAGGCGCCCCGGCAGCCCCACCAACAUCUUCAUCCUGAACCUGAGCGUGGCGGACCUCAGCUUCCUCCUCUUCUGCGUCCCCUUCCAGGCCACCAUCUACUCCCUGCCUCAGUGGGUGUUCGGAGCCUUCCUCUGCACCUUCGGACACUACUUCUCCACCGUCAGCAUGCUCGUGAGCAUCUUCACGCUCGUGGCCAUGUCCGUGGAUCGAUACAUCGCCGUGGUGCGCUCCAAGAGCGCACCGUGCGUCAGGAGCCGCAGGAACGCGCUGGCCGGGGUGUGCGUCAUCUGGACCCUGUCUCUGGCGUGCUCGGUGCCGGUGGCUCAGCACCAGGUCCUCACCAGUCACCCCAGCGCCCCGAACAGCACCUUCUGCUGGGAGGAGUGGUCCGGAGCCUCCAGACACACCUACAGGGUGACCAUCCUGCUGAUCGGAUACCUGCUGCCGCUGCUGCUCAUAAGCUGCUGCUACACCAAGGUUCUGUUUCACCUCCAUAAAAAGAUGAAGAACAUGUCCAAGAAGUCUGAGCGCUCCAAGAGAAAGACGGCUCAGACGGUCCUCCUGGUCGUCACCGCCUUCACCAUCUGCUGGAUGCCUCACCACAUCAUCGCCAUGUGGGUGGAGUUCGGCACCUUUCCCCUGAACGACGCCACCUUCGCCUUUCGCAUCGUCUCCCACUGCCUGUCUUAUGGAAACUCCUGCGUCAACCCUGUCCUCUACGCUUUCCUGUCUGAGAACUUCCGUACGGCCUGCCGCCAGGUCUUCGCCUGCCGCUUCCUGUACCCGCCGCCACCGGUGGGCAAGGUGGUUCGUUUCCGCAUGGAGAACUUCUCCACCACACACUCCACCACCAACAUAUGAGGGACUGCGGGACGUCAUCAGAUACAUGACCAGGACACUGAGGUGGAAACAGGAAGCAGAGCUGAGGCUGACGGUCACAUGACCACAGGACAGCAGGUGAUUGGCUGCUGACUGUAUCUAUGGAUGACCUGAACUCGUUUAUGGGAGUUUAUUAACGACAGACUGAGACACCAAACAGGAAACUGAAGGACACAUUCAGACAGGGACAAAUACAGACUUUAGAAAUGUAGAAAAAAACUAAACUGUGUUUUCAGUUUUUCUUUUAAAUUCAA